AUGUCAACUGAUUCUAUUUCUAUUAAUUCCAAACAUGAGUUGGAUGAUGAUUCCACUUAUCCUGUCAGUAAAGUAAGAACUUUUGGUGACAAUAAUGAAUAUGUUAUACUUGGAAACAAGAAAUAUCUUAGAAAAGAUUUAUUAGAGAGUUUUGGAGGAACUAUGGAUGUUGGAUUACAUAAACCAAGGGAGUUUGGUAAUGCUACUUGUAUUGGUUUAGUUUCAUUUUCAAUCUCGAAUCUAGUGCUCAGUCUUUAUGGAUUAAAUACUAGAGGUAUACAUACUCCAAAUGUGAUUGUUUCAUUGUGUAUUUUCUAUGCUGGACUUCUUCAAAUUCUUGCGUCAAUUUGGGAUUUUUUCCGUGGUAAUACUUUUUCAUACGUCGCUUUUGGAUCAUAUGGUGCAUUUUUCUUAUCUUUUGGAGCUAUUCAAAUUGAAAGUUUUGGUAUUGUGAAAGCAUAUAUGACGGAAGAUCCAACACAAUUAGAAAAUGCAAUUGGAAUCUACUUAAUAGGUUGGGCACUUGUUUCAUUUAUGUUAUUAAUGUGUACUUUGAAAUCAGUUGUUUCUUUAGUUGCAAUGUUUUUCUUCAUUUUUAUGACUUUUUUGUUACAAGGUAUUGGUUAUCUUAUCGCUAUGCCAGUGGUUAUUAAGGCUGGUGCUGGUGUCGGAAUAGCAGUUAGUGUAUGUGGUUUAUACAAUGCUUAUGCUGGUAUGGCUAAUAAAACAAAUCUGUAUUUUAGUUCAUAUUUAAUUCCCUUAGCCAUGCAUCAUAGUCACUAA